UUUGCAGGAAUUUUUGUCUACUCAUCCCGAGAUAUAAAAAUCUAGACAAAUGUAAUUCAGCCGCCAGUACCAGAUAAAUUUGAAUGCAUCAUUUUCCUACCAUUAAUUCAUUACUUGCUCCCUUGAUGCUCAACACAGUUGCUAUUCGCGUUUCAGUAGUGUACGUAGAUUCUAACAGAAACACACAAAAUGGGUCUGUAUUUAUCCGAACUCGUGGUUAUUGACGUUCUCUUUGUGUUAGUCGCUUCAUUCCUAGCUGUUUGGGUGUAUUUUCAACAUUGUUACAAGUACUGGGAGAAAAAAGGAGUACCGUAUAUCAAACCUUCAUUUCCUUAUGGGAAUAUCAAAGUUAUUUUUAAGAGGACUAUAUCUAUUACCACCGAUGCUAAAGACUGGUAUGAUGAAUUGAAAAGUAAAGGACACAAAUUUGGAGGAGUUUACUCAUUCUGGCGUAAACGUUUGGUUCUGGUUGAUCCGGAAUAUAUUAAAGAUAUUUUAACAAAGGAUUUCCAACAUUUUAUCGAUAGGGACGCCUUCAGUAACGAAAAAGAUGACCCCAAAGGAACCCAUCUCUUCAACAUCCAAAGUCCUGGCUGGAAAUCGCUCAGGCAAAAACUCACACCCACCUUCACGUCUGGAAAGAUGAAGAUGAUGUUCGAUAGUUUGCUGGUGUGCAGCGACUACAUGAUCGACUACAUGAAGAAAACCGUCCAAGAUGGUCAGGAUCUCGAUUCUAGAGAGAUUUUAGCUUCUUUUACUACUGAUGUGAUAGGAAGUGUGGCUUUUGGCGUUGAAUGUAACAGUUUCGACAGUUCUAAGUCCGACUUUCGAAUCAGAGGUAGAAGUAUGUUCACAGGGAACUGGUUGAGCGGUUUGAGAAUAUUUAUUGCUAGCUUCAGCCCGGAAAUUAGUAGAAAACUACGACUUAGAGCAAUGAAAGACCCAACGACAACAUUCUUCACCGAAGUAGUGAGGAGCACGCUUGAAUAUAGAAAGAAGAACAACGUAAGGAGGCCAGAUUUUUUGCAACUUCUUCUGGAUAUGCACGAAGAACCAAUAGAAAGCGAGAAACACGUUACUUUUAACCAGAUCGUAGCCAACACCAUCUUGUUUUUCAUAGCAGGAUUUGAUACUUCUUCUACCACAAUGAACUUUACCUUGUACGAACUGGCACGAAAUCCCGAAAUUCAGAAAAAAACCAGAGAUGAAAUUAACACAGUUUUGGCCAAACAUGACGGCAAAAUUACAUAUGAAGCGCUUCAAGAAAUGACUUAUUUACAACAAGUAAUUGACGAGGCGAUGAGACUAUGGCCUCCACUAAUAACUUUGGGAAGGAUUUGUACCAAAGACUACAUCCUUAGGGACACUGAUGUCGUCAUUGAAAAAGGUACUUCCGUAAUGAUUUCGCCUCUGGGUUUAGGCAGAGAUCCGGAGUAUUUCCCCAAUCCGGAAAAAUUCGACCCGGAAAGAUUUACUCCCGAAGAAAAAGCGAAAAGGCAUCCAUACAUCCACAUACCUUUCGGCGAAGGACCAAGAAACUGUAUAGGUCUGAGAUUUGGUCUGAUGCAAUCCAGAAUCGGUAUCGUUCGAGUUUUGACCAACUUCAAACUGAGUAUUAGCCCAAAAACGAAAUUGCCACUGACAAUCAGUUCAGAACAUUUCCUAUUGAAAUCCAACGAGAAACUAUAUUUGAGGGCAGAAAAAAUAUAAAUUUGUUUACACAGAGUGCUUUGUUAUUUCUAAAUACCGUAUGAUCGAAAAAAACGCAGUCCAGUUGACCGAUACUAUUGCUCCUAAAGUUUACUACAUAUUGAUAGUGAUCUUCAUAUACAAGCCAUCUCUGACGCUUUUUUUCGAUCGUAUGGUACCUACAUGUGAUAGUUAUAAGAAGAUGUUAUAUUUUUGUAAUAAGAGAAAAUAAAGAUUUUGAUGAAUUUUAAA